AUGGUGUCGAGAAACAUGGUUCUAUAUCUUCUUUGCUUCAUUAUAUUAUCUGUCAAUUCACACGGACCUCCACAAGAGAGGGAUAAUGAGGACAUAGCGAUGGGGCGGAAGGUAAAAAAAAUGGGUGCUAAGUGGUGCAACAUGGCGAAGGCGUGCAACCACGACCGCGUCCCGAUUUGUGGCAUAAGUCACGCUGGAGAUGUCGUCGGCUUCAGAGAUCUAUGCGACAUGUUCGAUUAUAACUGCAUUAGACGUAGAAAUUACAGACAAACAGCAUGUCCCGAGGACAAAUCGAUGCUAACUGUCUCCCGUCGUCCAACAAACAGCUAUUACGAUGACUAAUUAAAUUCCUGCCCUGUUUUUCUUGAACAUUUUCUCUUAUGUAUACCUU